AUGGAUCGGGUGCUGAAGGCCGCGAGAGCGUCGGGAUCACUCAACCUCUCCGGCCGAUCUCUCCGGUCAGCAGCACGUGCAUUCCCUCAUUUUUCUUCUAUAGAUCUCACAUCGUUGGAUCGUGAGCUCAGAUGGUGUCUGCCGAAGAUACGAGUUUUGGAUCUGUUCCUCUUUUCUUAUGGGAAACAAUGGCGGCGGUCUGGCGCACCCCCGGUUUAUCCAAUUGAUUUCACAUUAUUCCUAUCUCAUUCGAUCUCUCGAUCUUCCCCACAGAUUCUGCAUUAUGAAUGGUUGUUAUUGUUUAUCAAAAUGUAACAGGAGAAAAUAACGAUAAUUUCCAUUUGCCUUGUGAAAAAAAAGAAGAAACCUACGAACGAUAGAGAUGAAAGGUGCUGCAACUUGUAAUGUGUCCUUGUUGCGAUAAGCGUACAUACUGAUCAAAAUGAAAGGUGCGCUCGUACCUAUUAAAGUCACUUCAAUCUCAGGUUAGUAGUUAUAAGUGAUUUUGAAACCAGAUAGUAUCGGUUGAAUUUUCUUAUGCAGCUUAUAAAAGAAGAAUAAUGCCAAUUUUGCUGCAGUCCUUCCAAAUUAAAAAAACUAGUGUACGAGCGCUUAUUUUGAAAUGUAGGUGGCUCUACUUAAUACGGUUCUACCUUGUGGAACACGUUUUACUGGUUGAUGUCUUUUGGUCUUCGGGGAUUUUGUCUCAAAUCAAAAUACAACACGGGUAGAAAGCUAUAAGCGGUUCAAUGCUAAACUUAUAAUGUGAUCGGAUCCCUUUCAGAGGUCUUAAAUUUUAGUUUGCAUCUGAACCAUAGUGUUGUGGAUUUUUUUUAGGGAAGUGCCGAAUGAGGUUUACAGGGGCUUGGAUUCAGCGGGGGAGGAUGAAAAAUGGUGGGAGGUAUUGCCAUAUUUUCCAAACAACUGGAGCACUUUGAAUAGCAGAAAUUAAAUAAUUCGAUGAAUUUAUUUCUAUAUUCAACAGUUAAACUUGCUUAAGAUUGAAUGGGCUAUGGAACACACUUUGCAGGCAGUGGAGCUACAGAAACUCAUUUUGGCUCACAACAACAUCGAAGUACUGAAAGAAGACUUGAAAAUCUUAACAUCCUUGUCGGUCUUGAAUAUAAGCCACAAUAAGCUUUCUUGUCUUCCAGCUGCUGUAGGAGAGUAAGUUACUCUAGAUUACUUCUGCAUAUGCUGUCAUUCUGUUACCUAUUACUAGCAAAUAACGGAAUAUAAUGGUAGUCAUUCAUUGUUUAUAUCAAGAACUUAACCAUUGAAAAAUUAUUUACUGAAAAUGUCUGCACAAACGGUACUUGUAUCAGACUUGCCAUGUUGAAAUCAUUGGAUGUCUCGUACAACUCGAUAACCAGCAUACCUGAAGAGAUUGGGUCUGCAAUUUCUCUAGUCAAGUAAGUUUUUUUUCCCCCCCGUCCUUUAUUCAAUUUUUCUUGGAUAUGCUCCAUAAUCGGCCUUUGCUUGGCUCGUGUUCGGUGACUGAAUGAAUAAAAUAAAUUAAACAUAGUGGAAUAUUAUUAUAUAUAUUUUAUUCUAAAAAUGGGUUAACUAAGAAGAUAUUUUAAUUAAAGACACAACAAAUGGGAUGUUGGUUACAUGUUUUCAUUUGAUAAUUGUUUCAGGCACUAUACUGGGGUGAAAUUAGGCUCAGCUGGGUGCGGUCUACCGGCCCAAUAAUGGUCCAGUGACAGAGACCAAGAAUGAGUGAAAAUACGAUAGAAUAUUAUUGUUGUAGGAUUUGGCAUGCGGGAGUGUAUGAUUUUAGAAAGGCAUCAGAUUUGAAAUGAAAUAUCUUAUCAAAAUGAUAUUAUUUUUCUUAAAUGACAAGUGUGUUGUUAACCAUCUUGAAGAGAAAUUCUAAGGUCUUCCACUUGCCACACCUUAUGGAGUCAUUGAACGUGUGAGUGAACAGGUUUCUGUUGAAUACCCACGUGAUUUUAAUGGGUAUUAAUUUCCGGUCAACAAUAAAAAGCAUAAUUCUAAGGGACGCUUCUUUUGUUCCUUUGAAACCCUUGACAAUAAUUUACCAAAACCCAGACCUUAAAAUGCCUCCUCUUUCGUGGCCAGUGAUUCUGAUCCACUAACUUUCCCGAGCUAAAUAAUGCAACACAAUGAUCAGUAAUAGUGCUGAAUUCACUUCAUCAAAAUCUGUGGGUUUAUCUGGCUGAGGUGAAGAAAAUUUCCAGUCGUGCUAGCAUUAAUGGCUCCAAAUAUUUUUUUACCUUCAUGCUUCUAUGUUUAAUUUUUUAUGUAAUUUAACAGUUUUGAAGAUGUGUUUUGGGGGGAUUAUAGGACGUAAAGACUCUAACGUGAUCAUUCUGUUCUUGCACUUGCAGGUUAGAUUGCUCAAACAAUUCGCUGACAGAACUCCCUUCCAGUCUUGGAAGAUGCACGGAUUUGGCAGAUCUAAAGGUUAUGAGUUUCUGUGCCACAUUAACUGUCGGAUUUAUCUUUCUGUUCUAUGCAAUCAUGAGAGUAUAUGCCGCAUUUUUAUUUGUGAUUAUUAUUUUAUGUACAGCGAUGAUCUUGUUAUGUGUGGUGACUUUAGUUAAAGGACGCCACAAGCUGGGAGGUCUUUCAUUGGUUUUAGUUGCUGAAAGAAGCUAUGGCAGUUCAUAAUCACUCGUUAUUUCGUUAGCCUGUCGUUUUUUUGUGUAUCUAUUGAGUUGGCAGUGUCUGAUCAUAUUAUGUGCAGCUUUCUAUUUAAUGUCAUUAACUAGGAUUUUGCUUCAAAUUAUUUUCCUGAAAAAAUCCGGUGGUUUCUUAUAAAUUCAGUGAAGGAUACUCACCCUCCCGUACCUUUAUUUAAUUUGUCAUGUAGACCAUCAUAACCUGUCAUUGGGCCAUAAAAAGCUUGUUUGGUUAUCAUAUCUGUAUGAAGAUUAAAGGAAAAAAAUGAGGGCCCCCCUUCUGUUCUUCGCUUAGACUGCACUUGUCUUGGCUACAAAUAUGGCUUUAUCUCUCUCUCUCUCUCUCUAUCCUCAGGUAUCCAACAAUUCCUUAGUUAAGCUGCCAGAUGACAUAGUGAGCUGCUCAAAAUUGAUGAAAUUGGAUGUUGAGGUAAAUGCAUAUAUUAUCUCCACGUUGCAUAGUUUUCCGGACAGUUAUUUUUCUUAGAAUAAUUAUUGAAUGUUGUAAUUUUUCCAAUGUUUUUUUUAUUUUUUCAGGGAAAUAAGCUGACAAUGCUCUCAGAAGAUAUGCUUAGAUCAUGGACUAUGCUCACUGAACUGAAUGCUGGUAAUCAUGUCCUUCAGAAUUUGAUCAUGCUGUGUGGAUUCUCAUUCGUGAUAAACUAUGUUCCAAAAGAAAAACGAAAAUACGAGAAACGAAAGGAUUUUGUGACACGUUAAUAUUCAACAAGUCAGUUUUUUUCAACAUAUUAAAUCGCAACUAUUUCAUGCUACCUGAUUGUUGCACGGCUUCCUAAAAAUCGCUCUUACCUACAUGCCUUAAAGCAAAGUGAUAGAGUUUAUGGAAAUUGCUAGACCUGCUGCGAAUCCAUAACGUGUAAAGAUAAAUUGUUAGUUUUCAACUGAACAAGCUUUGCUAGCGCAGAUAGGAUUCGCUAUUUAUUUGAACUAAUGUGACCAGCACGCCUGAACCUGGUUGAUUGACUAGUUUUUUUUUUAACGACAUUUCAAUGGCAUUAUUUUGGAUACUAUUGUCUGUAAAGUACUCCAUUGCUGGUUAGGAAAAUUGUGAAACUUGACGAAAAGAAAGACAAGCAUGGAGCAAGAAGCAAACACGACCUUACCAGUCCUCAUGCUACUGAUAGUGUUCCUGCUUCGUGCUGCUGCAUUGCCUUUUCCUUGAUUUUGAACUUAAUAAUACAGCUGUUACAACUUCUUUUUCUGUGCACGUUCCUUUGCCCCUUACCCCUUUCAGUUGGACCUUCUUUAUUUCUCUUUAUUUUCCAUCCUUUUAACCCUGUUUUCUUUUACCCUCAAUCAAUUUCUCUUCAUGUGUUUUUAUCACCACACUCAUCUCUGCUAUAUUCUUCAUCUGUUCUUUACCCUCCAAAACAUUGUUUUUGUCUCAAUUUAUUUUUCUUUUAAAUUGUGCUGGAAUCAAGAUCUGAGCAUGUUGGUCAUUAUCGCAUGUGGUCUUUGCUUUUCUCAUCCUUGCUUGAAAAUUAAAACUUUUUUUUAUAAAUCAGAGAUCCAAAAAAUAAUUUGAACGAGAUAAUCUGGAAGCAGCAGGAUUGUGGUUACUUCGCUUUUGUCAACGUUCAUACUUGAACUGUAAUUUCUUGAUUCCACUGAUCCUUUGUCUGAUUUGCUCAUUCAAAUUUUAAUUAGUACUACGGAAUUUCGUCUAUAUGCUUCAAUUAUUCUCAUAUUUCUAAUUACGACAGAAAUAAAUAAAGAGGUGAUCCAUCUGGGCAGAAUAGGAUCUGGCUUGCGCCUUUUUUAGUUAUGGGUGCCAGAAUCCACUAAUGACUGAUUAGACUUUAUGGUUGUUGCACGAUUACUCUUGUACAAUGACUAGAAGAUGCUUACGAAAUGAUGCCAGCAUGUUCUUCAUGUAUCGUUCAAUAGUCAUAAUAUUUGAAUGUAUCAUGUUUGCUAAUCGUACGAAAUAAACGGAUUGGUUAUGAGGUUAGCCUACCUUUUCAGUUAAGGAGAGUGGAGUUUUAUGUUUGAAGGAAUGCUAUGGCAAAACAAGCUAGCUGAUUUGUGUUUUUGAUGCCUAGUUUUCUACGUAAUUGAGAUCCAACUGCUACAUAUUUUCACUGUGAAGCAUGAUGAAAAGAUGGGAUUGCUUUCCUUUUUGAGUAGUUACAUUAGUAAGCUCUUUAGACCAUGUUUGCUGAGUUUCUACUGGAGCUAACUUUGUAUUUGGUCUGCACUAGCUAAAAAUCUUCUCAACAGUAUUCCAGAUAGUAUAGGCGCCCUUUCACGGCUCAUUCGCCUAGAUUUUCAUCAAAAUAGUAAGUCAAACCAUCUAUUAUCUAACCUUAUGGUUGUCCUAGUAGCUGUUCCUCUCUGUAUCACGAUUAUGAUAACGUCUUUAUCUAAUGAUACUAAGUCGUUCAGGAAUUUCAUUCAUUCCACCGACAAUCAAGGGUUGCCAUUCACUUACUGAGUUUUUUAUGGGGUAAGUUAAUACAAAAUUAUUCCAUGAUGCUGUGGUUUAAUACCUUGAAGGCGAGCAUCGUGUAUUUUUUGACAGGUUGCCACAUAGUAAUUUGCAAAGAUAUUGAUUCAACAUUAAUGAUCUGCAUUUCAGGACAAAUUCACUGUUGUCAGUGCCGAUGGAGAUUGGGGAACUUUCUCAUUUGGCGACUUUGGAUCUUCACUCAAAUCAGGUUCUUUUUUAUUUUCUCAUUUCUGUUAUGAAAAAUCCGGCGAAGGUUUUUUUUCAAUGGGUGAGUUUAUUAUCCUUGUAAGGCCAUUACUAUGCUCCUGUUAAGAUCUUCAUUACCUUUCUCAGGAGCCUGUUUAUCUUCUUGUCUGGAAACAUUUCGAAAAUGUAGGAAGUGAUCCUUCAAACAAUUCCAGUACUCUUCUUAUCAGCUCUAAAAAUUUCAAAGAAUCCGUGUCCAUUUUGACCUUGGCCCGUGUUUCCUUUUUUUGAUAUAUUAGAUUCUAACGUGGAAUUCUCCUGGCAAUUUACGAUUAACGUUCCCCUCUAGUUUUAUGCAUAUAUACCUACCCGAAUGUUUUGAAACGACAAAUUGGUUAUAUUUUGUUGCAGCUCUCCUUUUCAUUGAGUUUUUGCCAUUUCAUUUGCCAUCUCUGGGUUAAGAAGACUGUUCCCCAUGGCCACUGAGUGCACUGUGGCGUAAUUACACGCCAGCUAAAUCUUUACCGUUUGUUUAGUUGAAGGAGUUUCCUGUGGAGGCAUGUAAGCUGCGUCUCUCUCUCCUUGAUUUGGCAAAUAAUUCCUUAUCAGGGUUGCCAGCUGAGCUUGGUAAGUUCAAAGCAGUAGCUUACCUUUGAAUCCUCUCCAACCUGACUCUUUUUAUCGUUAGCUCUUUUCAUUUUUAAUUUGUAGAUGCUUUCCCAAAUUAUAUCCUCUUUAAAAUGGCAGGCCCUUCUGUUUAUAUCGAUUAGGGUUGGAUCUAGAUUACACCCGAUUGUGCUAGGACAGAUUGGUGGACAUUCUUGAUGUGAUAAGGGUGCAUUCUAUUGUGCAUAAGUUGCAGAGGGAGAGUAUUGCCUUUUUGUCAAUAGAUCACCAGAAUCAAAUCAAUUAACACUUUAUAUUGGCACCGUUUUGAGUCACCCAAGGCGGCAAAAAUGUAUGCAAUGACUUGACAUCUUGCAACCUGGGUUGUGGGGGGUUUUGGAUUCCUUUUUUUCGUUGUAUCAAAAUUUUCGUUACAUGCCGCCUUCUCCCCUGUAAAAAGAAUAGAAAUAAAAGAUGUGGCAAUAGAGUUUCAAUCCGGUCGUCAGCUCCUCAUAGAUUUUUGUUACGAGAUACAGCGGAAGCAGGAAACGAAAAACUGACCUAGCCCUUCUCAGGGCAGUACGCUAGUAUUUAUAUUGGCGUCUAAUAAACCUUUCCAGUAUUACGGAAAGGUCUAAUAACAGAAACACGAAAAAGGAAAUACAUUUAAUGAUAGGAAAGAAAGGAAAAAUAGAAGGAAAACCUAAUAUAGCAAAAAGCUUGUUCUGUGUAACACUCCCCGUCAAGCUGGUGCAUGGAUAUCAUUCAUGCCCAGCUUGCUCCUUUGUUUGCAGAACUCUGUUACAGAAAUGCCCUUAGUUAAUAUAUCAGCCAACUGAUUUGUAGAUGAGGCAUAUUCUGUGCAAAACAUUCCUGAUUCGAGUUUCUCUUUAAUAAAAUGUCUGUCUACUUCAAUGUGUUUGGUCUUGUUAUGCUGAACAGGAUCAUAUGUGAUACUUAUUGCGGACUGAUUGUCACAGAAUAAGAUAAUCAAACCUUCCAUGAGUAUUUGUAAGUCAUUUAGUAUAUUUUUUAUCCAAAUGCCUUCACAAAUCUCUAGGGCCAUAGCCCGAAAUUCUACUUCAGCACUUGAUCGAGCCACAACUCUCUAUUUUUGGCUUUGUCAAGUGACCAAAUUUCUUCCAAUGAGACAACAAUAGCCAGUAGUAGAGCACCUAUCAUCAACUGAACCAGCAUAAUCGGCAUCGGUACAGAUGCUUACUGUAAGAGAAUCUCCCCUUUUAAAUAGGAUUCCCAUGCCAAUUGUUCCUUUAAGAUAGGGUAGGACUCGUUGAGCAACUUGAUGAUGUACCUCCCUAGGGUCAUGCAUAUAUUGACUUAGUACUCCAACUGAGUAAGCAAUAUCCGGUCUAGUAUGAGAUAGAUAAAUUAAUUUUCCCACUAGCCAUUGAUAAGAGCCCUUAUCUACUUGAUCACUUUCUUUUGAAGCCUCAAUACAAUGCUUUGCUUCAAUUGGUGUACAUGCUGGUUUACAAUUACUCAUGCCUGUAUAUUUGAGUAAAUCUGUAAUAUACUUUCUUUGAGAUAGGAAUAAAUUUCCACAAGAGUAGGCUACCUCAAUUCCCAAGAAGUAUUUGAAGACGUCAGUUGUUUUUUAUAUCAAAAAUAGACGUCAGUUGUUUUUGAAGAGAGGUGAUUUCUUGCAUAUCAUCUCAUGUGACAAUCAUGUCAUCGACAUAUACUACUAAGAUCGUCAUUUUUCCUGAACUCGAUCAUUUAUAAAAUAAGGUAUGAUCUACAUUGGCUUGCUUGAACCCCAAAACUCUCAUUUUUUUGGUUAAGUGGCCAAACCAGGCUCUUGGUGACUAUUUUAAGCCAUAUAAUGCCUUCUUAAGUUUGCAUACCUUUAGAGUAUCAUUUGGGUCUUUGUAUCUUGAUGGAAGCUCCAUAUAUAUUUCUUCUGAGAUUUCUUCAUGUAAGAAUGCAUUUUUCACAUCAAAUUGUGAUAAGGACCAUCCGUAAUGCACAAGCAAGGAUAUUAAUAUCUGAAUUGUUCCUAUUUUCGCAACUGGAGAAAAGGUCUCUAUGUAAUCAAUACUAUAGUAUUGGGUGAAGCCUUUUGCCACCAGUCGAGCUUUAAAACGCUCAACAAUCUGAUUAAAUUUAUAUUUAAUAGUGUAUACGUUUCUGCAACCCACGGUUUUCUUCCCUUUAGGAAGCAGCACGAGUUCCCAAGUUUGAUUCUUCUGUAGAGCUAACAUCUCCUCAUCCAUUGCUUUUUUCCAUAGAGGGCUUCUUAAAGCUUCAUCAGUGUUUUGAAGAGUAUCAUGUUUAUCAAUAGCUGACAAAAAUGACUUUUACUGCGGAGAUAGGCGAUGAUAAGAUACAUAAUUGCAUGAUGGAUAUCCCUUUUUCUUUCUACAUUCUCUAAUUCCUUUGUGGAGAGCAAUAGGGCAGAUUUCAUUUCCUUCAUUUCCUUGAGUAACAAGAAGGUUCUGCUGAUCAAUCAGUGAAUUAUCACAUUCAAUAAUAGAAUCAUAUGCAUCUGCUGCGUCAGGCAGAUCCUAUUCAUGGGUAUAUGUUGCGUCAGGUUGUUCAUGAGCAUCUACUGAGUCAAGUUGUUCAUGGGCACCUGCUGUGUCAGGCAGAUCCUGUUCAUGGGUAUCUUUGAUUAUAUUUGGCUUUCUUUGAUAAUAACCUCGACCAAAUGGAUUUGGUGGAGGUGGAGGUGCUGAAAAAUUUACUAGUAACAUUUCAGGGGCUUCAUUCUCCUUGAGAAUCUCAAUGUGUAAAUCGUGUUUUUUCUGACACAGGAAUAUCACAGCUAGAUGCUUGAGUUGUUGUCUACUGGAAAUACAUGUUGCUUUCAUCAAAUGUGACAUUAAUUGUCAAAAUAAAAUUUUGAUGUCUUGGGUCAUAAAAUUUAUACCCUUUUUGUGUAUUAGAAUAGCCCACAAAGACUGCCUUUAUGGCUCUAGGGGCAAAUUUAGACAGUCCAUUUUGAGAUUGAUGGAUGUAUGCAACACUCCCAAAUACUCGAAGAGGUAAAUCUGGUCCAUAUUGCAUAGUCAGAUAAUAACCCUGCAAUAAGGCUUUGGGAGUCUUAAAUAAUAAUGCUUCUAAUGGGAGACGAUUAACAAGAUGAGUGGCCAUUAGUACUACCUCACUCCAUAAGUACUUUGGCACUUGGGCUUUAAACAUGACAGCCCUUGUUAUUUCCACUAGUUGUCCAAUCUUUCUUUUAGCUACCCCAUUUUGUUGACAUGCAUAGGGGCAAGAAGAUUCAUGAACAAUGCCCUCCUCAGCAAAGAAAUUGGAGACAAUAGAAUUGAAAAAAUCCUUGGCAUUGUCUGAUCGGAAUUUGUUAGGAGUUAUAUUAAACUGAUUUUGAAUUAGCUUGAUAAACCUUUUAAUGACACUACUAGCUUCUGAUUUUGUUUUCAUUAGGUAAAUUCAUGAACCUAGUACAGUCAUCUACAAAGAUGAUAAACCAUCUUAAGUCCUUAACACCACUGGAUGAAGGACCCCAUAUAUUGGAAUGUAUUCUGUAAAAAAGGGAUUCACUUUUUUUUCUAGCAGAGAUAAAUAAAAUUCGUUGCUGCUUAGCCAUUUGAUAGGGUUCACAUAUGAAAGUAGAUUCACCAAUUUCACAACAUAGUUUUGGAAACAAGUAUCUAAGUACUUUUAUGAACGGAUGUCCUAAACGACAGUGCAACAACAACAAUUUGUUCAAGGGAGAAGUAGAAGCAAAAGUGGAAAUGUUUGGACUGAAAUUCGUCAACAACGUCUUGUCCAUCCCGUGCUCUAACAUGCGUAAUCCUCUUUCCUGAGGUCUUGUCAUAGAAGAAACAGAAAUUGUCAUCAAAUAAUAUCAAACAAUUCAAGUCUUUACCCAAUUUUCUCAAUGACAAUAGAUGUGCAUUCAAUCUUAGAACAUGAAGAACAUAUCUUUAUGACCCCAAUUUCUCAAAAUGAAUUGGUCCAAUGCCAGCCACAGGUAACAAAUCUCCACUUGCAGUAAUAACCUUUCGAUUAUUGGUACAUACCUCAUAUGUAUGAAUAGUGAUGCAUAUGAUGUCAUAUGAUCAAUAGCUCUAGAAUCAAUGAUCCAAGACACUUUUUGGGGUGAAGGUGAUGCCAAUGGGAAGUAUUUAAGCAUCAGGGAAAACAUUUAGGAAAGUGCUUACUAGCAUGUGUGAGGGAGGUGGAGCUGAUCAUGCUCCUUAGCUGUUUAAUUUUUUCUCUGAGUUUUUCAAUCUCUGAAGGUUGAGAGGAAGUAGAUCCGUCUUGACUAGCUCCUCCUUGAAUCAUGGGUGCAACACCAUCUUCAUUUUGAGCAUUAGCCAAAUGUAACUUUCCAUAAUUCGGUGGUUUGCCAUGGAUCUUCCAGCAUGUCUCCCUAGUGUGACGAUUUUUUCAACAAUAAGUGCAGAAUAGGUGUGCCUUUAGAUCUGUCUUAAGAUCUCCUUUGAUGAAUGGUACUUUACUAUUCCCUUGUUUUAAUACAGAGGUAUCUUUGUCCUUGAGAGUGCUGAAUGCAGCAUUUUCUGUCUUCAAAUCAUUUCUCAAAUUUCUAGUAUUUUCUUCUUGUCUGGUUAAUGCAAUUGCCUCUUCAACAUCUGGUACUACCUAUCGAGCAAGGAUCUGAUUUACUAGAGUCUCAUAUUCUAGAUUUAGCCCCAUCAAAAUUUAGACAACCUGUCUUUCAUGAUAUAAUUUCGUUCUUCAGUAUCAAGGUUCUUGAUUGGUCUGUAGUGGUCGAUUUCUCUCCAGAUGGAUUUCAAUUUGCAAGCAUAUUUCAGAAUAGUCAAUGUUCCUUGUACCAAAGUCAGAGAUUUCUGCACAAAUCUAUAAAUUUGGGAUUCGUCAUGUUUAGUAGCGUGAACAUGACGAACUUUGUCCCACAAUUCCUUCACAGAUUUCAGAAAAAGAAAUUUAUCACUUAUCUUUGGUGAAAUAUUGUUUAGCAUCCAAUAUUGAAUCAGUGCUUCUUUUUCUUUCCACCGAGAAUAUCCUAGGUUGUCAAUACUUGGCGAGGAUUGCAUCAGGUGACGAUCCAGAUUUCUCCCACGUAGAAUAAGUUCCACAUAUGAUGUCCAUUAGAACAAAUUGAUUCCAUCAAAUCAGAAUCUCUCAACAAUUUUAGGUAGAUCUGAACAUACCUUAAUUACUUCAAAUGAAUGUCCUGGGUCAGAGGAGGAAGAUUCACUGACCUUUGUCUCCAUGUUCUUCAGCCGUGACCAAAUAGUCAAAAAAUCUGAAACAGAGAUUCCCUGAUGUGGUCCGAAUAACAGUUUCUGUUCAAGAAACUGAGGAUGACUGCCACUGUCAAGAAACAACAAUGGUGUAUUCGCAGACGUCCUGCCACCGUCAAGAAUCGACGAUGGUGUUUCUGUAAAUGUUUCCCACCAUCAAGAAACGACGAUGGUGUAGUGACUCUCCAAGGAAUCCGCUGGUCUGCUUACGACCAAGAAACCUCACGAUUUCAGGUACUGCAGGCAAGAAGAAGAUCACCAAGUGACACUCCCUACAGUGUGAAGUCGUCGUCGCCACCAAGAUUGGUUGAUCUUCUGUCGGCGGUCUUCACGCAGGAUCAGAGAAAAAGCUCUGAUACCAUGUUACGAGAUACAGUGGAAGCAGGAAAGGAAAAACUGACUUAGCCCUUCUCAGGGCAGUACGCCAGUAUUUAUAUUGGCGUCUAAUAAACCUUUACAGUAUUACGGAAAGAUCUAACAACAGAAACACGAAAAAAACAAAUACAUCUAAUAAUAGGAAAGAAAGGAAAAAUAGAAGGAAAGCCUAAUAUAGCAAAAAGCUUGUUCUGCGUAACAAUUUUCAAAUCCUAAUGUCAUAUUGUAACAUGGUAUUUCCCAUGAAUAUGUGCUACAGGCACAAUGACGACUCUGAGAAAGCUCUUGCUUACUGGCAAUCCCCUGCGAACCCUCCGAAGGUGUGAAGACACUUUCUGUGUGCAUUCCUGGAAAAGUGGUUUAUAUUGGUUUUAUUUUCUUGACCGCAUCUACUAUUAUUCAGCUCUUUGGUCUCUGGGCCUACACCAGCAUUACUGAAGCAUCUGAGGAGUAGACUCUCAUCUGAUGAAGAAGGUCGAGUCUCUAUUUGCUCAUAUAUCUUUGUACUAAUAUUAGCAUAUUUUUUAUACCUUAACAUUUUUUUAUGAAUUUCAUGUUUUUGUGUCCCUGUUUCACUGGAGAUUUUGAUUAGUUUUUCAGAGUUAAAUUAAUUGUCUCUGAUCUGAUGAGAAUUGUGUGCUGAAGCGUUUGAUAUUUAUUGAUCCAAUAUUAUUCUUAUACAGCGUCAGGAUCUGGCGCCACACCUACAACAGAAAAUUUAGCUGCCAUGGUUUCACGGGUGUCAUUGACAUCAAAGGUAUCACUUCCUCUCUCGUGUCAUAUGCUUUUUGUUCUCAUUUCAACACUGCUUCAAGUUGAAGCCGAGUGAGGAGCUCUCAGCUGGUUCCUGAAUAUUUUCACCUUGUAUCAGAAACCUCCUUCCUAGUUGGGUUGAAUAAGAAAAUAUCAAAUGAAAGGAGCAAGUUUUCUGUUGAAUGAUCAGACAGAUGUGGAAAUCUAACAACUGAUUUUGUGGAAGAACUAGUUUUGGCAUUUAUCAUUUUUUUUCACUGUUGUUUCUCUGUUCUGAGGUUUUUAAACUUCCACAUAUCUUUGCUUCAGGAGCUUUCCUUAAGUGGGCUUGGCUUGAGUAGUGUCCCAGCUUCUGUCUGGGGAGCAGAUGAGAUUGUGAAACUUAACCUCUCUCGGAAUGCUAUUGAAGAGCUGCCGAACGAGCUUUCAUCCUGUUCAUCCUUGCAGGUAACUAUUUGGGUUCUUCUCUGUAUUGGAUGGUUAUGCCAUGGAGCUUUGCUAUUAUGUUUGAUGAAAAGUUGUCUAUGACAUGACUUCCAAGAAAUAAUAAAAUUUAUAUCACCAGUAAAAAAAAUGAUUUUCUUACCUUCAUGGCUUGUACGUUGCUUAUACAUUCUUCUGCUCCCUGCAGAAAAGCUUCUAAUAUGGUCUGUAUCAGGUGAAUGGAACUCUUUCAUAUUAAACGGUCAACUUUUUUGUUAGAUUGACUCAUCAUCAUCCAACUGUUGUGCCCCUUCGCAUGAGAGCUCUUUCUGAUCACAAUUAUUCAAGAAAUAAGAAGUGAAUGUUAACGUUCCCUGGCUAAAUAGGAAAAACUCCGUCCACCUGGCCCUUUGCAUCGUAAAAAAGCUACAUUGACCGCCGUUUUUCUGUAAAGUUUGACGACAAUAUUGCCUACUGGCUUUCUAUUUAUUGACAAAUAUGUUACAGGAGCUGAUUUUGUCUGGAAAUAAGAUAAAGGAUUGGCCCGGUGCUGUCUUGUCCUCCCUUUCGAAUCUCUCCUGCCUGAAGCUCGACAGUAAUCUUUUAAGAAAGGUACGAGUCUAAAGCUUGCUUUUCUGGAAAUCCUUUGAUUAUCUGUAACUAGAAGAGUUGUUCUUAACCUGGAAUUAGCUAGUGUAAUAAAAAAUUUGUAGAAAGCAGGGUGACCCGCUGGAAUUAGCUACUGUAUAUCAUUUGCACCCAUGACGAAUUGAGGAAAAGUUAGCAAGGUUAAUUGGGAUUUUUUUGUCUAUGGGUUCAUCUAUUUCUUUCUUCUUUAUUUUUCAUUAUUUUGCUAUUGUUUAAUGGCGUCACAGGUGCCAUGGUUGAUGUAAACGAAAACCAUACUAAUUUUGGGAAAAAUUGACAUCUCAUUUAUUUUUCUGAGCGGCGCUAAGAUCUUAUACACUCUGGCAGAUACCGUCCGAUGGUUUUGAUGCUCUGUCGAAGCUCCAGAUACUGGAUUUGAGCGGCAAUGCUUCGUCAUACCCAGAACCUCCUGCUCUUUCUGGGCUGCACCAUCUGCAGGAGCUUCACCUUAGGUCGGAUGAACCAGAGAUUCUUGGAUCCGUGUGACUGAGAUCUCAGGCUUUCUGACUCCUCUUACUGUUUUCAGGCGAAUGCAGUUGCAUCGAGUUCCUCCUGACCUGCUGGCCUUGCAGCAGCUUAGGAUUCUGGACUUGAGUCAGAAUUGUCUUGAAACGAUUCCAAAGGUAUCUUCUUCUUUUCAGCUGGCCCUUUUUGCUGUUUGGAUCAAAUUAUCAGGAAAUCAAACUUCCCGAUAAUUGCUAUAUAUAUGAUAGAGAGAGAGAGAGAGAGAGAGAGAGAGCCGUGUGGCAAGGAAAAUGGGCUUUGUCCCAUAUAUAUAUAUAUAUGAAGGUUCCUUUUUACUACAUUUUUUAUUUUUAACACCUGGUAAAAAAAGCAUGUUCAUCACGUUCAACUGAGGUACUAAAUAAAUUCGUAAAUGUUUCUUUUCGAAAAUUAACCCAUGCUCUGUGAAUUGAAACCUCCACAUUGCGAAUCAGGUGGGCAAAUUGUCAGCAUGAAAGAGUUUCACAAUUUUUUCCAUAAUAUUAAAUAUUCGGUCACCAUUUUAUUUUAUUUUAUUGAGUUUUUUUUCGCCCAUAUUUACAUAUUCAUGCUCAUAUCAUGGACUAAUUUCCACCCCUUCCAAAUAAAAAUAAAAAAUAAAUGAAAGCAGGAGUUCAAGGAUUUCUCCUCUCUGACAGAGCUUGCCCUCUCAGGCAAUAACAUCUCCUUCCUUCCAGCAGAACUGGUCAGAUAACCCUCUCUACUCACUCUCUUUCUGAAACAAACCCUAAUUAGCCCUCUAUGCCCUUGGUGGGCGGCUAACUCUUCUCUUCUCUGUUUCUCUUGUCCGCAGGGUUUACUCGAGCCCAGCCUUCAGGUUUUAAGGCUCGAUGGGAAUCCACUGAGGAGGUAAGAACACCUUCUUUCUUUCCUUCCUUGUACCCCGCCACCUGAUGAGUACUCUGGCCAAACUAACAGACUCUUCCUUCCUCAUGCAGCAUCCGGCGCGCUAUUCUGGACCGAGGAACGAAGGCUGUCCUCAAGUACCUCAGAGAUAAACUGCCCGACCAGUAG